AACGGAAUCAACACUUCUCUCGACGAACUCACCCGACCCAACAAUCAUCCGCGACUAGGACACGUCGCUGUCGAUCGUUGACUCACCACAUCUCAACCACCGCCAUCAUGUCGGAACCCAUCCGCAACAAUAGAAGCCAGGCGCAGACCGCUCCAACACCGCAGAACACUCCAGCAAAUGCUGCGCCAAUCUCAUCUCACGCCGCUGCGCCCGGCAUGAGCAGCAUCAACGAAGAGGAACUCGACCGUGCCGCCGCCGCGUCCAUCUUCGCGCAAAACCCACGUCUCGUGUCAAUGAUGCAGAACAAGCUCCAAGGCCUUGUUGGAAAAUCUUCCGGAUACGUCGAGUCCCUCCCCGCUCCCGUCCGAAAACGCGUUGCCGGUCUCAAGGGUGUCCAGAAGGAGCACUCCAAGCUCGAGGCUGAGUUUCAAGAGGAGGUCCUUCAACUCGAGAAGCGCUUCUUCGCCAAGUUCACCCCACUUUACGAGAAGCGUGCCGCCAUUGUCAAUGGUGCCGCUGAGCCAACUGAGGCUGAGAUUGAGGCCGGUGAGGAGGACGAAGAAGACGAUGAGGAGGCCGAGGCCGCAAAGGCGGAGGCUGAUAAGGAUGCUUCUGCCGCCGACCUCAAGGGUAUUCCAGAGUUCUGGCUGUCCGCGAUGAAGAACUCUUCCCUCGCCGAGACCAUCACCGACCGCGAUGAGGAGGCUCUCAAAUUCCUCACCGACAUCCGCAUGGAGUACCUUGACCGCCCUGGUUUCCGUCUGAUCUUUGAGUUCUCCGAGAACUCAUUCUUCUCCAACAAGAUCUUGAACAAGACCUACUUCUACCAGGAGGAGAACGGAUACGGUGGUGACUUCAUCUACGACCACGCUGAGGGUGAUAAGAUUGACUGGAAGGCCGGUCAGGAUUUGACUGUUAAGAUUGAGAGCAAGAAGCAGAGGAACAAGAACACCAAGCAGACCCGCAUUGUCAAGAAGACCAUCCCUACGCCAUCAUUCUUCGACUUCUUCAACCCCGCCGCACCACCAGAGGACGAUGAUGACGAGAUCGACGAGGACAUCGAGGCCAAGCUCGAGCUUGACUACCAGCUCGGUGAGGACAUCAAGGAGAAGCUCAUCCCACGAGCAAUCGACUGGUUCACCGGCGAAGCUCUGCAAUUCGAGCAGGGCCUCGACGACUUCGAUGAGGACGAUUUCGAGGACGAGGACGAUGAGGAUGAUGAUGACGAUGAGCGCGACGAGGACGACGAGGAUGAGGACGAUGACGAGGAGGACGGCUCAAGACCCAAGCAGGAGACCGCCGAGUGCAAGCAAAGCUAGGCGAGGACAUUUGAUUGACCACCAAGAGCGCAGCUUCGGGUAUCAAAGCGCAGUGUUGCACUCGCACUCUGCUGAAUGACAGUCUACGCCACUGCACCCGAUUCUUGAUCUCGAAGGCAGGACUUCACCAGGUCUCAGUCCUUCCUGCAUACAUCAUGACGGCUGCCAAAUGCUCGUCCUCUGUACAGACACACUCCCUCCCGAUGGCGACGAGAUCACGCUCCUUACGACCCCAUCAACAACAAAAUAAUUGCAUGCGAUCGGCGUUUUGUGUCUUUGCGGCGUUUGCUGCCUUACCUGCUGCUGCAUUCCUUUGUGAUUCUUCCGAUCCCUAAUCCUCCGAUUAUGGCCGAUCCUGAGCGAGCGAGCAUGAAGCGUUCGCCAUAAGUGGCGCCAACUGGGACGAGGCGGCUUAUCUGCGGCGUCGUGUUCUUGGCUUCAGGGCAUGGCUUGAGCAUACAUAUGGAUCGGAUGCAGAUAGUGAAUUGCUUGACAACCAAAUGCGCAGCCACAUUCUCAUG